UUCUGAUGAGAGCCUUUUUUUAUUUCAGAGAAAAAGUAAAACACAAUAUACUACUGUAAUAGUAGCAGGAACACAAGUAUAUAAAGAGUAUAAAGAAGUGUGAUAGUGCCAAUUUCAUAAGCAAUCAGCCUGCCACCCUCUCUCUGGUCGGCAACGAAGCUUCAGGUGACUGUUGAGUGUAUGUGGUUUGUGUGUCUCUUGUCUCUGUCUGUCCCCAUCAACACACUCUGUUCUCUCUAGCCACUCUCUAACCCCUACCCCCACUCCACCCACCCCUCUUUCUCUCUCUCUCUCUCUCUCUCUCUCUCUCUCUCUCUCUCUCUCUCUCUCUUUUUACUGUUAUUUAUGUUGUCUAAAUUCUAAGCAACCCUCCUAUUCGUUCAUUCUCUUCAAUAUUGCAUUGAUCUGAGAAAUGGAAGCUCGGCUUUGUAUUUUCAUGUCAAAACCUUUAUUUUGAAGAACGAGAUUCGGGAAAAAGUUUACAUUUUUAUGUGUUUGGAGGUUAAGAAUAAGGGAGAAUGAUUAAUAUUAUGAAUCCAGUGAACAAACCUAUGAAUGAAGUGGAGAAAGGAUUGGAUCCUCAGUUAUGGCAUGCCUGUGCUGGUGGUAUGGUCCAAAUGCCACCACUGAACUCAAAAGCCUUUUACUUUCCUCAGGGACAUGCUGAACAUGCCCACAAGAAUGUUGAUUUUGGGGGUUUCCCUAAAAUUCCACCACUUACUCUUUGUAGAGUUUCAUCCAUUAGGUACUUGGCUGAUACUGAGACUGAUGAGGUCUAUGCCAAGAUAAGAUUAGUUCCAUUAAAAGGCAACGAAUGUGAUGUUGAAGAUGAUGCUGGAUUUCUAGGGCUUGAUAAGAAUGAGAAUCAAGAGAAACCUAAUUCAUUUGCUAAGACAUUGACACAGUCUGAUGCUAACAAUGGUGGGGGGUUUUCUGUGCCAAGAUAUUGCGCUGAGACCAUAUUUCCACGGCUGGAUUACUCGGCUGAGCCUCCUGUCCAGACCAUUUUGGCUAANAGUAACUAUACAGAAAUUAACAGGACAUUCUUGUUAACUUUGUAUUGGCAUUAG